CUACAAUAUGUAGUUUGAUUAUUGUUCAACGUCAGUCCAAUCAAUAUCAAUCACCUAGCAGAUAAGAUUCCUCAAUUCUCUCCCCAACCAUUUCAUCCAUAACUCUUAUUUAUUUGAGCUCGGAGGUUCAGAUCUCAGCACUCACACAGAUGGCAGAGUUUACGAUAAUGGUGCUGAAAGUUGACCUACAGUGUUCUAAGUGUUACAAGAAAGUGAAGAAACUUCUCUGUAAAUUUCCCGAGAUACGAGACCAAGUUUACGACGAGAAGCAAAACACAGUGACGAUAAAAGUGGUGAGCUGCUGUCCUGAAAGACUCAUGCAAAAGAUACGCUGCAAAGGCUGUAAAGCAAUCAAGAGUAUCGAAAUCAAGUCACCGCCCGAAAAGCCCAAGGAACCAGAAAAGGGACCAGGAGAGGAAAAGCCUAAGGAGACUCCGAAGAAGGACGAGACUCCACCACAAAAACACUGUGAGCCACACUGCAAGCCUCCUCCUACACCACGAAAACACUGCAAGCCUCCUCCUUCACCACCAAAACACUGCGAGCCUCCUCCUUCACCACCAAAACACUGCGAGCCUCCUCCUACACCACAAAAACACUGCAACCCUCCUCCUUCACCACCAAAACACUGCGAGCCUCCUCCUACACCACCAAAACACUGCGAGCCUCCUCCUACACCACCAAAACACUGCGAGCCUCCUCCUACACCACAAAAACACUGCAACCCUCCUCCUUCACCACCAAAACAUUGCAACCCUCCUCCUUCACCACCAAAACACUGCCAGCCUCCUCCUACACCACGAAAACACUGCAAGCCUCCUCCCUCACCACCAAAACACUGCGAGCCUCCUCCUUCACCACCAAAACACUGCGAGCCUCCUCCACCAGCACCCUCUUACUCACCUUGCUGCCCGAAUUACCCCAAACCCUCUUACCCACCUUGCUACCUGAUUUACCCCACACCCUGCUACCCACCUUGCUACCCGAUUUACCCCACACCCUGUUGCCCACCUUGCUACCCGAAUUACUGCAGCUACUGUUGGGGACCGUGCCAUUGCAGGAGUCGUAGGGAUUGCUUUUGUGAAGGAAAUCCCUCAGAUUGCUUAGUUAUGUAACUGGAUUAGUGCUUGAUUAUCGCGAUCGAUAUUGUUUUUACUGAGGUCAUGAAUAAAAUUAAUCUUGCAAUUAAGCCAUGA